AUGCAAUACGACAGUAAAAGGUUUGUUAAGAGGUAUCAGGAAGAUCACUAAUAGUAAGAUAAUUCGACGAUAGUCUCAGGGAAAUCGUUAUUAAUCUACCUAGCUAAUUCGCGUUUAUAACCGGCCCUAAUUAGAUUGCUAAUUUACGUUUCAUUUACUGGGAUCAGAUUGCAAAUUUUUCAAAAUAAACGGAUACAUUUUCUAAUUACUCAGGUAAAAUUUCAAACUUUUCUUGGCUAUUUUUAAACUUUUCCAGGCGCCACCUAAGAAAUUCUUGGAAAAGUUUGAGAAUUGCUCAGAAAAGUUUGAGAAUUUCUGGAGACAAAAUUGCAAUCUAAUCCCAGUAAAUUAGCAAUCUAAUGAGGGCCGGUUAUAAACCCUAAUUAGCUAGAGUACCCUGAGUGGUCUUAUUUAUAACUUCUAGAUCACAAAAUUUGAAUCAGUCUGUGGCAAAUGCAGUAAGAAGAAACUCAUCUUCGGUGAAAACGUACGAUGCCAUUCAAUUUCGCGAUAAACUUAUUAAAGGUAAAGUGGAAGUUUUCAACCGGAUGUUGUUAUUUCGAACUCGAAUGAUCUCAGGAGUUUCUUUAGACCAAUUGAGUUCUACUGGAGUCAGUCUCUAUCUCCAACCAUCACGGAACCUUCAAAACCGUCAAGUUUUGUUUCCAAAGGUUUCUUGGAAACAAAAUCCUGAUUUCAUUUUCACUCUAAAAACUGUUUAGAAUCAGGCAGCGGCGAAUUUCAAAAGUGUCAUUCGGAAAGCUUCAAAAAAUUCGAAAAUGUCAAGCUUGGCGAGAGUUGCGUGGGUACGUUCUGUAGUCAGUAUCAAGUUUCAACUAUUCGCAUCUCAAAAGUGUGGCAAUGUCGCUCUACCGCUAUUCCACGUGAAAUCUCGACCACCGCCACGACCUUUUUCAAUUUAGUACUGAAUUCAGAGAGGCGGAGUGCGAUUGCCAGACUUCUGCGGCUGCAAUAAAUGAACAUUUCGCUUUCAAACAGUCGUUAUUAAGAAUCUGUAUCUCAUUGUUCACUGUUCUUGGAUAAAUAAUAGAAACUUUGUUUGAAAUGUGAAAGCAUAAUUUGCGUGUUUAAUUCAAAGACAGUUUGCACGUAUACACAUCAUUUUUGAAAAUUUCGUCGCUUAUUUCAAACAACUCAAUGCGUGUAUUUUUCAUGUGUGAGUCAUUCUUCCACUCUCAAUAUUUUGUCUAUCACUCUAUUGUAUUCCCACAGUGCACAAUAAAAGAGAGAAAAAAUAGAGAGAGAGAGAGACAGAGAGAGAGAGAGAGAGAGGAGUGGGACGGAGAGAAGGGAGCGAGACACUACUGUCCCGUACAUUGACUGUAACUGUGCAGUAUGUCGACGCGACCUGGUUUAAACCACUUUUUUGCUUGUCUCGAGACUGACUCGGCCCUUUAUCAAGAUAAGUCGGUAUGUUUCUGAGAGAAAACUGUGUUUGUAUUUUCAAUCCCACUUAAUUAUAAUUUCCUCAUACUAUAAGAAGUACAAUUUCAGCUCCGUCCCUAUACAACAGAUUCCUUACAUGCUGCCACAUUACAACGGAACUAUGGUAAGCUCACUAUUCUAGAACUAGAAAAAUAUGUGUUCCUUCUCUUUUUCAUAGAUGUGUUGCAGGAAUUAUGAACACUGAUGGAUGGUUGGAAGAUAAAAUACAUGAUAAUCCAGUAUCAUCGACAGUGGGCCGAAUAAGACAUGGUCAAAUAAUUUACGAUGGAAGGUAUAUUUUCUAUCUUUCCUUUUUUCCCUGAGCUCUCGCUGUGGCACACGAUGAAUCAUCGUUCUGAAAUGUAGUCGAAAGUUGUACAAAGCGUGGGAACGGGAGCGGUUUUAUGCAAGUCAUUUUUAAUUGUCAAGAAUGAAAAUAGUUCAGAACUUGAACCAACAUAUGCACCCCCCACCGUUUUAUCUUGUAGUUUUUUCAUCUCAGAAUGAAACCAAGGCAAUUUCAGGAACUUUUCAACACCGGAACAAUCGAAAGCACAACGCUAUUCAAGAAGCGAAUACCAUCUAAUGAUUCCUUGCAAUGAAUACACAGAUUACGAUACUAUUCAACGCCAGGUUUCAAGUUUUUCACAAGAUUAUUUUCUUAGAGAUAGUUGUACUUAUGGACCUAUUCAGCGAGGAAACAGCUGCGGAAAUCGGGGAGGAACACCAGUGUUGAGCGGAAUUCCGUCUGCCAUCUUCCGGGAAAAAAGUUUUCUUCCGUCUUCCGGGAGAAAAAUUUUUCCGUCAUCCGUUUUCCGUGUUCCGUAAAAAAUUUUCUUCCGUCUGCCGUCUUCCGGAUUUCAAAAUUCCAUUUCCGCUCAACUCUGAAAUUUUUUCCAUGGAACACACAUUCCGCGAGUGCGGUGGAGCGCACUUGCAUUGCACUACUGCCAGUGGCGCCUCUUGGUCGUUUCGAUAGACAUGGCUUUUGAAGAUCACAAAAACGUCUCGAGAGGCAAAAUAAUAGUCAUAGAAUCAUAAUAGUCAUCUCUGCAUUUGACACCGAUUGGUUCAGUUUGAGCUGAACUUCACUAGUGACUUCCCGGACAUAAACAAUCCCCUCGACAUUUGCUGCCUGAAUUUUCAAAACGUUCGAAAAUCAUACUUCCUGUAUUGAAUUCCCAUAUUCAACACUGAAAUUUCGGUAAAUGCACACAGGAACUCAGGGAAAUUUCAACGGAAAUGAACCCGUAAAUUUUUCGAUUAAAUUGUUCCUGUAGAUUUCCAGUUUUCCAGCGGGCGCAUUAAACAUUCCCAUGUAUCCUCCAGUUUUCCAGCGGGCGCAUUAAACAUUCCCCUGUAUUUGAUGGCGGUUUUAAUCGAAGAAAUGUGUAGCCUUACGAGCCGUGAAUCAAGCUCUUAGAUUCCUUUCACUCUGAGAAACAAAGUGUCACAGUUUUUCGGGAGCGUUUUUUGCAAUCCAAUCUAAACUGGUCGUUCAGGCAGCCAUCGGCCGCCAAGUGUUUCUCUGACACAUUCAAUUAAGAUAUUUAUGUGUUCCCCGUACUGUCUUCUAAGCUUUUGUUGUAAAAAUUUAGGCAAACGUUAUGGGGUUAUUCAGGCUGUGAAAAAAAAUUGUUUUUCGUUUUUUUGCGUCCAAAAACCCAAUUCAGCGAUAUAAAAAAAAACGAAAAACGGAAAACAAACAUACCCUGAAUAGAACCAUUAUUGUUAAUCACUUAAAUACUUCUUAUAAUUCUUGGUCUUAGCUCUCUGCUCUUUUUUUUCUCCGGUUAAUCACUUUCCGUACUCAUCGUUUCGCAGCUUCCCUCCUUAGUGUCGCCUCUUGUACUACAAACACGCUCGGCGAUUUCCGGAUUCGCCGACUGGAGAGCUCAGAUGAUUGGUUAUAGCUUCCAUUCUCCGGUUUUUUCAUUCUCCGUUCGAAUUUUCUUAUAUCAGUAGAAAGUAGUUUUGUUCUUAAUCUUCCAUUCACAGGUUUUUCAUAUUGUAAGCAAUCACAGCGAUGUAACCAUUCUUUUUAUUUAAACUCAACUCACCGCUCGUGCCCCUCGGUGUUUGCAGACUCAAGCCAAAAUUUCUGAAAUUAGGCUUGAGUACGCAAACACCGAGGGGGCAAGAGCGGUGAAUUGAGAGUACCUUGUUGUUUCUUGUUUCAGAACGGACGAUCAACUAAUACACUAUCAAAAAUGGCACCGAGCGAUGGUGUGAAUGUACCGCAGAAACGAAUUGAAGUGGUCUUUCAAGCAUUAUCGAGAGGCUUCAAGUGAUUUUUUCGCUUUUUAUAGCUGUUUCAAAAAGUUUCUAACAGAUCGUACAUAUGUCAACACCAAACAGAAGCUACGCAGAUCAAGAUGGAAAUGAAUAGUGAAAAGCUGAAUGGUGACAGUAAGAAAUCGCUGAAUGAGGUUAGUUGAAAGUUUAAGAAAAAACCAACGAGUGAAAAAAGAAGAAGAAAAAGAAGAGCGAAAGAAAGAGAGAGAGAGAGAGAGAGAGAGAGAGAGAGAGAGAGAGAGAGGCGAUAGCAACUUCUGCGCUGAACUUUAGUAACUUUUGCGCGUAACAUUAGCCGCUUUUGAGCAGAAAUUAUUUAGGUAAAACUUGCAGAAGUUCUUCUGAAAAGUUGUAGAGGUUAGUCGAGUCUAUUAAAAAGGUUCUAAUAAAGAAUGAACACUUCUCAGAAAUAUAUCGAGUUUCGCCGCUUAAUAGCAGCUAGUGCCCGAAUUGUAUGCUUUUCUAAGUUCGCUAAUUCACUCCCACCAUUCAAACUCGCACCUGCGUCUCCUGCCGCCGUUCAUACUCCCUCUCGGAUGAACACCAAACAUAGCUUAGAACAGCACAUUUCGCAUCCUUCCAUACUGUUCGCUCUCUCAUUUGCGAGAAGAAACUAAAAUUAAAUAUCAACUUGGAAGACUGCUUAGGAUCUUUUAUUGUGCGAGGAAACAUCGGAACUGUACAACGCCCGUCUUCAUCGACUCAACAAACUGUAUGAAAAGCACCGAAUUGAUAACUUUUCUCAAAUGAAAGGUAAUUUUCGUGAAGAACUUUCACACUAAUCGGAUUUUUUACAGCUAAAUCAUCCAGUCUCAGUGAACUUCGAGCUGCAUUCAGUGGAUCAAAAACACUCAACUCCACGAAGUAUAUUGAUGUGGAGUUGACUGCUUUGAUGGGAAAGGUUAUGGUGGACAUAAAAGCAAUUGUCGGUUUUGCGCGCAUUUCUCCCGGAGACGUUUUUGAAGUUUCCAUUCGACAUGGUUCUCAGAAGUGGAAAACGCGAGGAAAAACGUUGAUUGAUCGUACCCAGAAAUGGGAGAAGGAACAAGUUGUUUUGACCUGCUUUCCCGACCAGUCGAUUGACGUGAAAGUAUCAGAAUGUAGACUUUUCAAGUCUAAGUCUCUCAACGACCGAUCUUUCGAUCCAUGCCAACUCUUCUCAUCACAACCUCAACUUGUUACCAUGAACCUUAACUCAAUGGGAACGAUAAAGUUGCAACUUGUGGUCACGUGGGUGUAAGUGUUUUCCUUAUCGAUAGGGUUUUUCUCAAAUAGUUUUUCAGACCCCUGCAAGCACCAAAAACAACUUCCAAGAAACCCGCAGAGCCAGUUAAUGAUGAAACAACUCUUGAGCGAAAGCCCAGAAUUAUUUUGCGUGAGAAGAAACGUGGAUCGGCAGCUAGAGUUGCUAUGAAAGAACAUUGGAGGAACUCUACGAACAUGCUCGACUCCAUUUAUUUGGAUGUCGCAAAGACAAUACCGUCUGUUGAAGCGAUGUCGACGCUUGAUUUACGCAAAGUUCCGAAUUCUUAUAGCGACCAACUAUAUACUGGUACACUCCCUGUGCCAUCAAAUAAGAGAAACGGAGGGAAUUUCACAAGCUAUUCGCCAAUGUCAUCCACACUGUUAGGAAAACGAAGCCAAAGCCUUGCUCAACUUGGUGCUACUACAAAUUCCGUUGGUUCUGACAAUUCGCAAGACUACAACAUAAAAUUCACAACUAGUGAAACGGACAGUUUUCCUACCAGAAAAAUCGAAAACAUCGGGCUUGUAGAAUUAAUCGAUGUCAUUUUGCCAAGGGCGAUAACGCUUUGUCAUGAAUACGAUGAGUUGAAGAGCUUGGUAAAUCUUCUAACACAAUGGCAAGCACUUCUGAGAAUUAAGAAGGUAGGGAUAAAAAUUAAAGGUUUUGGAAAGUAUUACUUUUUAUGCGCAGAGUGUGUUCACCACAUCGAACAAGCAGUCUAGCAGUUCCAUCUCAGUCUUUCGUCGACGUGAUCCUUUGACGUCUUCCACUACAUCAGAUGAACUCGAUGACAAUGUUUUAAUCACAAAUGAAAAUCAGUAAGUAUUGCACUGUUUACAGCAAAAAUUUAACAGAUUGUACAGCUCGGAAAAUGAUAGUGGUAUCGACUCUAUUCGUCAAAACUAUUCACCAUUCAUUCUGGACGGCCUUAUGAAAUCGUCUGAAGAUUCUAGAGAGAUCAGAGACCGAUCACGAUUCAGACAGCUAAAAGAUCGGAGGAAAUCUCUCGGAGCGCUGGUUGAUUCUGCUGAAAUGGAAAAGCUAUAUCUAGAAAAUGAUUACUUCUGGCAGACAGCAGAAAAUGCGACAAUGGAGCCCGGCAUUACUAUGACAGGAGACAGCGAAGUCGAUACAUGUCUGCAGUAUCACUUGGAACGAGUUCAGAAAUGCCUAGAUGUUCCAAAUAAUCUCAUUUGACUCAAGAAAGUUUAGCAUUUCAGAACCUGGAUAACAUCGAAGCAAACUGUCCCCUAGUUUACACUACUUCUGAGAUGUUGAAAAGAUUGGAAGCUGAAACAGUAACCCUGGACGAUUUGUUAAGAGUUGCGAAAAAUGCCCCCGUGGUGCCGAACAUUGCAAAUAUGCUUAUUGAGAUUGAAGCAUGUCAGGAAGUUCAGGAAAUAUGGUUGUCAACCUGUUAUCCGCUUAACAGUUCACUGAUAGUGCCAAAAGACAAGAUCAAGGCUCAAAUAAAACUACAGAUUGCACACAUUACUGAGCAAAUAUAUCCACAUCUUGUUAGCAGAGGUAAUUUUGUUUACUAAAUAGAGUCACUUAAAGCAAAAACAUUUCAGUUGCCGAGUCUAUCAUUAGAAUGCUCAAUGAUACUGUGCAAAAACAGUAUCCCUUCGUGACAGUUUUCCAUUUUGUUGGAAUUUUCAAAGGUAGACAUUUUGAACCAUAUAUCGAGAAUAUGGGUCAUGAUGCUUGGAUGGUUGCCCUGCUCGACACGGAACAAGUCUCCAAAGUUGCCCAAGUAGUUGAACGACUGGCUAACGUACCAGUUGUCCCUCCACUAGAAUCUUUGAAGCAUCUGGGCGUAUUGCUCACGCGUGGAAAUCCGGAAAUUAGAAAAAAAAUAGGUUAUUUUCUCAAUUGGCAAUUUGUGUAAGUCAUUUUCACAGAGAACUACUUCCAAAGAGCUGAUGGUCAUCUGCUCUCCGACCUCCUCUCGUCUUAUCUUUGUCUUCUUGAAGACCGCAGUACUGAAGCUCGCCUUGGUGCAUUACAAGCUCUUGAUAUUUUUAACGUAUGGUUUUUAGAUACUUUUUUUUUUAAUUUUGCGAAAAAUACGAAAUUAGCUUUCCGCCGGCGGCGGACCAGGUUUCAAAAGUCUUAUUCAAUAUAAAAGUUUACCCUGACGACGGAAAAAAAGGUAUUGCAGAACCCACGAAUAGGAAAACAAAUAGCGUAUGUAGCAGAUCACGACUCUUCAGAUGAGAUUAGAGAAUUUGCGAAUUCUCUUCUCGUAGUAUGUGCAGUCCAGCUGGAUGAAGUUACUAGAAUUUGA